AUGCUUCCUGUUUCUGCUGUUGCCAUUGGCGCUUUCGCCUACUGUGCCAUGGCUCAAACUGCCACUUUCAACACGACACUCAUGAAUCUCAACAAUGUCGCCACAGGACAGACCUUGCCCAUCUUCUACACUGCAGGGGAUGGGACUGAUAUCUCCAUCGCCUUUGGGAACACUUCCUGGACGGAGACUGUUGCUCCAAGCCUGAGCGCUACUCAGGGAGAGUAUGACUGGACUGUGACUGUUCCUGGCGAUUUCGUCCCCGGAUCCGGCUACGGCUUGGUCAUUGUUCAGGGUGCUUCCAACUCCUUCUCCCCAACAUUCAGUGUCAGCUUGGGGUCUUCUGGCGUUGGGGAUGCAGGCUCGGGAAGCACCUCAGCAAAUUCCUCAGCUGCCGGUUCAGGUUUGGCAGCUUCAGGAUCUGCUACAGGUGCCGAUUCCACCGCGAGCAUGUCAGCCACCAUGUCAACAUCAACGUCCACUGGAUCAACAACCCCUCCAAGCAUGCUAAAUGCAACCAUGUCCAUCGGCCCUGCGCUUGUAACUGUCACCUAUCUCGAUCCUGACUGCACCUGCCAUAAGACCUCCACCGUGCCAGCAACUGCUUGCGCCACUAAUGCUGCCGGUACGCAGUAUACUUGGUAUGACCAGACUUGCGGAUGCAUUAAGACAGCCAUGGCUCCCGCCGCGACUUCAGCCGGGACCAAUUACACUGCACCACUGAGUCCCAAUGCUGCGACAUCGGCGAAGAAUACACCAUAUGCCCCAACGACUGUGGCUUCUGCAGCUCCGGCAGCGUCAUACACCGGUUCAGCAGGCAGACUGAUGAGCUCUGGAUUGGCUGUUGUGGGUUUGAUCAUGGCAAUUUUGGCAUAG